AUGGCGUCAAGUUCACAUGGCGGCAGCGGCGGCGGCGGCGCUGCACGACUAAAAAACGCCGCUUCCACCUUUUGCUCCGACUCUCAGCCUUUAAUUGCUGAUAUUCGAAAAACCGUACUUAUGAUGAAGGACAUCGCAGUUCAAUUGGAGAAAGACAAGCACUCUGACAAGGUGAAGGAGCUUGAAGAUGCGGUUAUUGAGUUAGUAGGACUAUCUGAACUCAGUGUGCAAUUUUCUUCCGCGGUUCAAGUUUUUGCCAAUAGAUACCAGCCUGGAGAAGAGUUAACUAAUUUUAAUAAGUUGUUUGAGGACGAGCUUUCCAAUUUUAAGGCCAACCAUUCUUCAGAUCUUCCUAAAAAUCCUUUAAUACGCCAAUUUAAGGAAGCUGUAUGGGUACGUUGCUUUGUUUUAGCAUGUAGAUGA